CCCAGGCGUUCAACACGGCUUCCUCCUUUCCCUCCUAUAAGUAAGACCCAUAAACGGCCCAUGCUAUUCGUCCUUCCCGAUUCCUAGCUCACCUCCACCACACGAGCGUCCCCGGAGUGCUUAGACGCUGACAUGAAGGACCGUCGAUGGUUCACUCUUUGGGGCCUGGCUGCCUUGUUACUCUCUGGGCUAGCGAUCGCAACCCCGCCAACGGCCAAGAGAGGCUCCAGUCAAUUCGUGCAGACAGACGGAGCUUCCUUUAUUGUCAACGGCAGCAAAUUCAGAUAUGUCGGCACCAACGCUUACUGGUUACCAGUUUUGAACACUGAACAAGACAUCUGGAACACUUUGGGAAACAUCUCCGCCAUAGGAGCAAAGGUUGUUAGGCUCUGGGCGUUCAACGAUGUGACCACGACCCCCAGUGAUGGUACUUGGUUCCAGUUGGUUCAGAACGGCAAAGUCAGCAUCAACGAUGGACCAAACGGGCUGCAGAAGCUGGAUACGGUUAUCCAAAUGGCUGAACAGCAUGGCCUAUACGUUAUCAUGACUCUUACUAAUAACUGGUAUCCCACGGCAUCCAAUAGUACUGGAAGCUCGCUCCAGGCUCGGGGAGGGACGACAGAAAUCACUCUGCCGCGUAACUAUCUCUCUAAUGACUAUGGUGGAAUGGACCUAUAUGUUCGCCAGUUUGGCCUUCAAUACCACGAUCAAUUCUACACCGAUGAAAAGGUCGUGAUGGCGUUCAAAAAUUUCACAUCCCAGGUGGUUACUCGAUACGUGAACAGUCCUACAGUCUUUAGUUGGGAACUCGCAAAUGACCCCAGAUGCAGCUCCACCUUGCCCAUGAGCGGUAGCUGCACAACAGAGACAAUAACCCAGUGGCAUGCAACGAUGGCUGCUUAUAUUCGCUCCAUCGAUCCAAAUCAUCUCAUUUCUUCGGGAAACCAGGGGUACAUGUGUACCAACUGCGCAAAACUUUACCCGUUGAAUCCAGCCCCAGCCCCACAGCCUUCUCCGGCGCCAGGCUCUAAGAAGCGCAGCGUUCCUGUUUCCAGUGAGCAGAUUCUGCGCAAGCGUGCCGAGUCCAGGCGCCUCAACAGGCGAGCUGCUAAGCUGGCGGGGAAACUCAAGGAAGACGGGAUCCGUGUGAGAGGUCGUUGGGCUGCCACAGCAACGAGGCGUCAGCAGUCUCAGGAGGUUGGUUCUGCCUAUGAUGGCUCGUACGGAGUGGACAGCCAAGACAUUUUGAAUAUCCCCGACAUUAGCUUUGGCACGUUCCAGUUGUUCCCUGAUCAAGACGCCUACGCAGCGAGCGAUCCGAGUUUAUCUUCAUACCAAAAUAUGGUCAACGCUGGUGUAGAUUGGAUUACGAACCAAGCACAAUCUGCUGACGCUGUUGGGAAGCCUUUGAUCAUGACAGCGUUUGGUUUGGUCACACAGAGCAACGCGGCUGACUUCGUGCCCUUCAACAUGACCACCGCGCCCUAUGCGACUAAUACCUCACUCGACGUGACCAACCAAAAACGGGAUACCUCAUACGGCGUGACCAACCAAGAGCAAACGGAUGCCUAUGAGAACUGGUUGACUACAAGUGUAUCCUUGAAUCUGGCUGGUAUGAUCCAGUACCAGUGGGGACAAGGGAAUUUGACCGCCGAGACUGGGACAACUAUCUCUCCGGGGGUUACUGGGAUCACACCAAGCUCGGACUCGACGGGAACGUCGCAAAGCAACGAUACGACUGGCGUGUCUCCCAACGAUGGUUACUCCAGCAAUUCCAAUGCGGACAGUAUCCAGCAAGUGAUAUCAAGCACUGCUAAUAACAUUGCAUCAGACUAAGACACGAAGAAAUGACUACAUACCAGGAGUUCUCACGUCAUUAUACUACGCUUUGGGUGGAUACGACAACAUUGUGACACGAGACCCUUUUGGACAUGGAUUUUUGGACUUUUGAGGAUAGUUUGUUACACAUCGCUGCCACUCCUCAUUUGUAUUGUUUGGACACGUUUCAAGUUUUCUGUACUUCGUUUCG